CACGUCCUAAGAUGGCGGCGCCCUUGGACGGUGGCAGGUUCGCGCUGCGGGUGGCCGUUUCUGGGUUCCCAGAGCUGCUGCCUGCCUGUCGCGGCGUCCACACCACAGCGAUUUGCUGCAAGAAUCGAGCGGCCCGGGUCCGAGUGGGUAAGGGGGACAAGCCGGUGACCUACGAACAAGCCCACCCGCCGCAUGACAUCGCUCAUCGCAAAGGCUGGCUAUCCUUGCACACGAGUAAGUGACGGACCCCUCCCCCUUUAGCCUGCCGCUCUGGAUGCCGCAG